AAAACAUGACUUCGAGGCCUCUGACUGAGGCCGAAUGCGGGCAACUAAACCCCCUUAGAAAGCUUGCAGACCACGUAACCCACGACCAGGCAUUCAGCGACAGCCACGGCCAAAUAUUCCAGAGUAGUUCGGAUCAGCUUGUGGAGCAGUUCUUGCAAGAAACCAGAGCUGUGCCCCAAACUUUCCGAAUGGACGAUUUGAUGCGAGAAAUGCAGGAAAUAGAGUCUCAGAGGUCGUCUCUGCCGCCCGUUCCGGCUUCGAGAGUCCUAGACCAAUUAAAUGAUGAUGCUUGGGCUCAGCAAUAUCUUCAAGACGGUAAAGUGUUCCACGAGAAUGCGUACCGUGAUAUUUGGAACCAGAUAUCGUCCCAAGAGCAACAAAAUAACUUUAAUUCAACUGAAAACUUGUGGAUUGAGCAGUUUGGUCAGUCGGGGCCUAGUGAGUUGCAACAAAAUGCUAGGAAACUGAGAGAGUCAAUGGAUGAUUCAAAAUUUGUGUAUUCCAAAUUUAUGAAGUUCAUGAAGAAUGUGGAAGAAGGCGAAAUAAAGCUGGAAGAUGAUGUCAAAUUGACAGAACAAGAAGCUCAGGAUUGGACAGACAAAUUUUUGCAAAAUGUAAACAACUCCCCGUUAGACGAGAUUUGGGCGAAUGAUUAUUUGAAAAGCAAUGAAGAAGAGGUCAGAUCUUCAUUUUGGGAUCAGCUACAGGAGGAUAUGAAGAGUGUGACUCAAAGUGAUGAAAAUUCUGCUCAUCCCUGGGUAGACGAGUUCACUACAUAUUACAAUACCCCUCAAAAACAGUACGAGUUCAGUGAAGAGAACCCCAUGUUGGACUUGCCAAAUCCUAUAGAAAAAGGCUUGCAGCUGUUGCAAGAAGGAGAUAUUCCUAGUGCCGUACUUUGCUUCGAAGCAGCCGUCAAGCAACAGCCUGAAAACUCUGAAGCGUGGUUGCUAUUGGGCACAACUCAAGCGGAAAAUGAACAGGAUCCUAGUGCCAUAGCUGCCCUAAACCAAUGCCUACAGCUAGAACCUACAAAUCUAAAGGCUCUGAUGGCCGCGGCCGUGAGCUAUACGAACGAAAGCUAUUACAAUCAGGCCUGUUACAUGCUGAUAAACUGGCUCAAACACAACCCGAGGUAUAAAGAUUUGGUACCGGAAAAUUUGCAGCUGCCUAGACAGGUGACGAGUCUACUGGGCCAGGACAAUCAAAGGCUCGUGCAAGAUCUGUACAUGAAGGCGGCGCAAAGGAAUCCUCAAAAUAUCGACCACGAGGUGCAGAGCGGGCUUGGCGUACUAUGUAAUCUAACAGGCGAGUACGAAAAAGCUGCAGAUUGCUUCCGGACGGCCCUAUCAGUUAACCCGGACGACGCUAGGUUGUGGAACCGACUCGGCGCCACUUUAGCCAACGGAUCGAAACCCGAAGAAGCAGUUGAAGCUUACUACCAAGCACUGAAUCUGGCACCUGGCUUUAUCCGAGCCAGAUACAAUGUAGGGAUUACCUGUAUUAAUUUACGGGCCUAUCGAGAAGCGGCUGAACACUUUUUGACGGCUCUGAAUCAGCAGGCCAGAGGAAAGGACGUCCUCAACGCCGGCGGCAUGUCUGAGAUGUCCGACGCAAUUUGGAUGACAUUACAGAUGUGCGUUUCGUUGAUGGAUCGGAACGAUUUGAGGUCCUUGGUCAAGGAUAAAAAUUUACAGGCGCUGAAUAAGGCGUUUAAUAUUGAUUAAGCGUCUCAAUGAUAUGUUAUAAAUCGAGUCGCACCAAUGAAUGUCGGGAAAACGGCAACAUUUAGAUUAGAUUAGAUUAGCUUUAAAUUCUUUUCAGAUUUUCCUAAUUGCAACGGCGCGGCUAGAUUUUGCGUUCAUUAAAGAUUUUUGCAUGUUUUGUAAAUAAGGGCAAAUGUAAAUAUAUUAUUUUUGAUAAGUGACGAAGCAAGCGCCGCAAUUCGUAAACUGAACCCUGAACGUGUGUUGUGGGUGGCUCAAAACAGCCAUAAGACAGAAUUGAGGCGUUUUCUCCGCGGGUGCAAAAAAAAACAACCAAAAAAAGAUAAAUAAAAGCACUUCAAAAACUUUUCCGUUUUCAUUUCCACAAGCGUUUUUUCCACUAGGGUAAACAAUAAUAUAAGUUUAAACUCAGUGAAGCGUUCUCGUGAAAUACUUAGAUAAACGUAAUUGAGUUUGCAAUAGUUGGAUUGGGGCAACAGCUUUCUUAUUCGAAUAGUAUAAAAACGUAAACCAUAACUUGAAAAGUUGGUUUGUUCACUAAACUUUACCGAAUAAAAUAACGACAUAUG